AAUUCCCAGAUUGUUCUCCUAUAAUUGCUUUUGUAUGGACUUGGCUUGUGGAUUUGAUAAUGCCGGCAAGAACAGGUUAUGAAAUUUAUGGGUUUGUUUGACACAAAAUUUUCAUUAAGUCACCUUCAGGGCAUGUUCACUCACACCAUUCAGCUACUUGGAGCAGGGAUUGUGAGGUUACUGAAGGAAUAAUGUGCAAUAUACUGGAGAAUGUAGUGAUAGGAAGUCAAGCAUCAGUCUUCUACAACACAUUGAUUGAAGAUAAUAUUAUGUACAUGUGCUGGUGGCAAUUUGAUUUUCAUCCAUGAAAUAGGGCCGUCACAAGGAAAUGUGGGUUGUUGGUUACUUUUAUCCCAAAGUGUCGCUGAUUGUGGUUGGUGGUAGGUUAGCAGUGUUUCGCUCAGGUGGUGUUUUCUUUGAGAUCAGGCCCUGAAGGGGAAUCUGGGAAGUCUAUUUAGAUCCUUAGAACUGACAAUGGGACAGAAUAUACUUCACAUCAGUUUGAAGAAUUUCUGAGAAAGGCAGGCAUACACCACCAAUUGACUGUCACUUACACUCCUCAACAAAUGGGGUAAGUGAGAGGAAAAAUAGAUCAGUCAUGAAUAUGGCCAAGUGCUUGCUGUUUGAAAAAGGGUUACCAAAAGAAUACUGGGCAGAAGCAGUCAAUACUUGAAUUUAUUUGUUGAAUAGGCUGACAACAAAAGCUCUUGACAGUAAAACACCCUUUGAAGCUUUGUUUGGAAUGAACCCAUCUGUUAAUCACCUCAGAGCAUUUGGCUGUAAGUGCUACUCUUUAGUUCCAGAUGUGAAGAGGGAUAAACUUGAUGAAAGGGAUGAGCUUGGUGUCUUUAUGGGGUACAGCAGUCAAUCAAAAGGAUACAGAAUCCUGAAUUUGGCAACAAAGAAAAUUGAAGUGUGCAGGAAUGUAAAGUUUAAUGAGAAUUUUUCAUGGGACUGGAAUAAGUCUCAAGUGGUUUGAUUCUAGCUUACUUCAAGUUUCUGCUGCACAUUUAGCGCCAGAUUUUUUUGUUGAACAAGAAGGUACUGUAAAUGAGCAAGUUGAUGAUGAACUAGUCAGGGGCGCCAGAUCAUUGGAGGACACAUACAACAGAUGCAACGUAGCCAUUACUGAACCCUCUUCUUUUCAGCAAGCAGCUAAUUCAGAAGUGUGGAAGGCUGCAAUGGAGGAGUUAAAGAUGAUUAGAAGAAUAGAACUCGGCAGCUAGUUGAUUGACCUAGCAACAAAAAUGUCAUAGGAGUAAAAUGGGUGAACAGGGUGCAUUUACCUUCUGAUGGCUCUUUGAACAAAUACAAAGCAAGGUUAGUUGUGAAGGGAUACUCUCAACUUGCUGAUAUUGACUUCACCGAUACUUUUGCACCAGUUGCUAGAUUCGAUACACAGCUGCUACUUGCUAUGGCAGCUCAGAAAAGCUGGUAUGUUUAUCAACUUGAUGUGAAAUCACCUUCCUAAAUGGUAAUUUGAAAGAAGAGAUAUAUGUAGAACAAUCUGCUGAUUUUGUGAAGAAAGGAGCAGAAGACAAAGUAUAUUUGUUAAAAAGGGCCUCGUAUGGCCUAAAGCAAGCACCCAGUGCUUCGUAUGCCAGAAUUGAUGAUCACUUGCAAAGCUUGGGGUUUGAAAAAUGCAUCAACAAACCCACUUUGUAUGUGAAAGGCAUGGUGACAGAUGCUAAUUGUUUCUAUUUAUGUGGGUGAUCUAUUGGUAACUGGAAGCCGUGAAUCCCUGGUGAAUGACUUCAAAGCUGACAUGAUGAAGGUUUUUGAGAUGAGUGAUCUAGGAAAAAUGUCAUAUUCCUUAGGAAUGGAAGUUCAUUAACCUGAACAAGGUGUAUUCAUUUGCCAAAAGAAGUAUGCUCAGUAACUUUUAAACAAAUCUGCCAUGUCAAAUUGCAAAGAUGUUAGCACUCCAUCUGUUCCUGGUCAGAAAUUCAUUAGUGAAGAUGCUGCUGCCAAGUUUGAUUCUGGUUUGUUCAGAAGCAUGAUAGGUUGUCUGCUCUAUCUCUCAGCCACCAGACCAUAUAUUAUGUACUCAGUUACUGUUCUCUCAAGGUAUAUGCAGUCUGUUCUGGCUUGGUUUAAUUUUAGCCUAUUUGUUCUUAAAAAACUAUGCAGCUUGGUGUCAUAUUGUUUCAAUUUUAUGCCAUUUAUGUUGUUUUUAUGUUUGUGAUUAUGAUGCCUUACUAAAUUGACAUGGUUAAU